GUUAUGACUUACGAGCCUGAAAAAGAAAAUCUAGGCAAAGUUCAAAUUUUUAUUGUCAAUCUCUCACUCUCUCCGUCCAGGUUCCAGUCCAAUAAAAUCUAUGUCUCUUUCGCACACUCUCAGUCCCUUUACUACGGUCCCUCAAAGCUCUCACCUCAAAUUCUCUAUCACUAAACCUAUACAUAGAUUUACCAUUUCUUCACCACCAAAAUUAAGGAAUUUAACCAGAGCAUUAGUGGUUAGAUCAGUUCAUGAGGAUUCUAGGAAUUUACCUGUGAUUGAAGCAAAACCCAGGUGGGAAAAUGUGUUGUCCACUGCAGCUAGCUUGUAUCCUCUAUAUGUGACUGUGGGAGGCGUUGUUGCUUGCUCAAAUCCUUCUGCUUUUGUUUGGUUUGUGAAAGCACGACCAGCUUCAUAUAGUUUGUCUCUUGGGUUAAUCAUGUUGUCUAUGGGUCUCACCUUGGAGCUCAAAGACUUGAUUGGUUUGUUUCUGCGAAGGCCUGUCUCCAUACUAUUUGGAUGUGCUGCUCAGUACACCAUUAUGCCAGUUUUUGGAAUGCUUGUUGGUAAAUUCUUGGGACUUUCACCUUCUCUUUCAGUUGGACUGAUAUUGCUUGGAUGUUGCCCUGGAGGUACCGCGUCUAAUGUGGUGACCUUAAUUGCUCAAGGGGAUGUUCCACUAUCUAUUGUAAUGACAGUCUGCACUACUCUUGGUGCAGUACUUCUCACUCCCCUGCUGACAAAGAUUCUGGCAGGAACUUAUGUUCCUGUGGAUGCCUUAAAACUUUCUAUCAGCACUCUACAGGUGGUGGUUGCUCCAAUUCUGUUGGGUUCUUAUAUGCAAAGCGCAUUUCCUGCGGCAGUGAAAGUUGUGAUCCCUUUUGCACCACUAUUUGCUGUUUUAACAUCAUCACUGCUUGCUUGCAGUGUUUUCUCAGAAAAUUUUCUUCGGUUUAAAUCAAUGCUUGGUGCCUCAUUGCCUCCUGGUUCCUCUCCAGUUCUUUUCAUUCAAUCAAUAUUUUCAGGAGAACUGGGCAUUAUAAUGCUUUCCGUUUUCUUGCUGCAUUUUGCUGGUUUCUUUUUGGGUUACAUAUCUGCUGCUAUUUGCGGUUUUGGAGAACAACAACGGCGAGCUAUAUCAAUUGAGGUUGGUAUGCAAAAUUCUUCCUUGGGUGUGGUUUUAGCAACAUCACAUUUCACUUCUCCAAUGGUUGCAUUACCUCCUGCUAUGUCUGCUGUGAUUAUGAACAUCAUGGGCAGCAGUUUGGGAGUAAUUUGGAGAUACAACAAUCCCUCUGACUCUAAAGAUAGUUCUAAGCUUGACAGCAAGUGACAAUGGCUAAGAAACACUCACAAAGUACCAGUGUAUUCUUUCUCCAAUGGAGUUUCUAGAAUUAAUUCUUUGAAAAAAUUGUCAAUCAUCAUGAUGCCAUCUCGUCCUGUCGUUUCAGAAGGCUGUAAAUGAAACGGUAGUUAACGACAUGACCGAAGUUAUCGUUUACAUCUAAAAGACCGGUAUUUGAUGCUCGGUAUUACAUGUUUGAUUUAUAUAUUUGUUUCAAUCAUAAAUAGGAAUUUCCUGAAA